CUUCAAUCUCUCACAAACCUCGCUUCGCCUAUCUCCUCCUAACCAGCCGUCUUUGAAUUCCUAGCUCGCCGCCACCGCCUCCGCCUUAGAAGUGGUCACUCUAUGUUCCAAUGGCUCACGGACGGCUCAACAACUCCGCCAACGGCCAAAAACGCAGCUUCUCCGACGAGAAUCGUAAACCCGACGACUUCGCCAAGAAGCAGAAGCUUACGCAGCACAGGAAGUCUCUGCCGAUCGCUUCUGUUGAGAAGCGUCUCGUAGAGGAGGUACGAAAGCAUGACACUUUGAUUAUUGUUGGUGAAACCGGAAGCGGAAAAACAACGCAAUUACCGCAGUUUUUGUACAAUGCUGGAUUUUGUGGGUAUGGGAAAGUCAUUGGGGUGACUCAACCUAGGCGUGUGGCUGCUAUGACUGUGGCAAAGCGGGUGGCUGAGGAAUGCGGUGUUGCUUUGGGUGAAAAGGUUGGUUAUUCUGUGAGAUUUGAUGAUGUGACCUCUAGUUCAACGAGGAUCAAGUAUAUGACAGAUGGAUUGCUACUGAGGGAAGCAUUAUUGGAUCCAUAUCUAUCUAAGUAUUCAGUUGUCAUUGUCGAUGAAGCUCACGAGAGAACUGUCCAGACUGAUGUCUUACUCGGCUUGCUUAAAAAUGUACAAAAUGCAAGGGCAAAAGUUGUGAAUAACCACCUAGAUACAAAAAACAAGAAAACAAGUAAUGACAUGCAGUUGGAUAAAGAAAAUGGUUCCCAGACUUUUAGUUUCUUGAAGCAAUGCCAAGGAAAGAAUCCAUUGAAGUUAAUUAUCAUGUCUGCUAGUUUGGAUGCACGAAUUUUCUCCGAGUACUUUGGUGGUGCAAGAGCUGUUCACAUCCAAGGUCGACAAUUUCCUGUCGAUAUAUAUUAUACUCAUCAUAAUGUACAAGAUUAUCUAGAUGCAGCGUUAACUGCCAUAUUUCAGAUUCAUAUGGAGGAGGACCCUGGUGAUGUACUUGUAUUUUUGACUGGUCAAGAAGAAAUUGAAUCUGUACAGAGACUUGUCAAAGAGAGACUUAAACAGUUACCUGAAACAAGUCAAAAACUAGUAGCUGUUCCUAUAUUCUCAUCUCUUCCAUCAGAACAGCAAAUGCAAGUGUUUGCACCAGCUCCUGAUGGAUUUCGUAAGGUAAUAUUGGCAACGAAUAUCGCUGAGACAUCUGUCACAAUACCUGGAAUCAAGUAUGUUAUAGAUCCUGGGUUCGUAAAAGCACGUACCUAUGAUCCGAAUAAAGGGUUAUCAAGUUUGAAUGUUAUUCCAAUUUCAAAAGCGCAGGCUCUUCAGAGGAGUGGGCGUGCAGGGAGAGAGAGAUCAGGGAAGUGCUUCCGCCUCUACCCAGAAAAUCAAUUUGAGAAACUUGAGGAUUCAACAAAGCCAGAGAUCAAGCGGUGCGACCUCGCUAGUAUAAUUCUGCAACUUAAGGUUCUGGGCGUUGAUGAUGUCAUUGGGUUCGACUUCAUAGAUAAACCUUCAAGGUCGGCUAUUGUCAAAUCACUGGAGCAAUUGUAUGUGCUAGGUGCUUUAACAGAUGAGUGCAAACUGUCAGAAGUUGGACGUCAAAUGGCAAGCCUUCCGCUAGACCCUAUUUACUCAAAAGCUCUAAUCCGAGCAAGUGAAACUGAAUUCAAUUGCCUUGAAGAGAUGUUGAUAACUGUUGCAAUGCUCUCAGUCGAGUCUAUAUUUUUCGCUCCCCGUGAGAAAUUAAACGAGGCCAGAAUUGCCAUGAAGUGCUUUGCAAGUCCAGAUGGGGACCACCUCACUUUGGUUAAUGUAUAUCGAGCGUUUAGUGAGUUCUCAGAGAAGAGAUCAGAUCUCAGUAAAGAGAAACAUGAAAAAAGUAUCAGGAAAUGGUGCAAGGACAAUUUCAUUAAUAGUCGCUCCCUGAAGCAUGCUCGUGACAUACAUAGCCAAAUCCGAGGAAAUGUUGAACAAAUGGGUCUUCAUGUAGCUUCCUGCGGGGAUGACAUGCUUCCGUUUCGAAGAUGUCUUGCUGCCUCUUUCUUCCUCAAUGCAGCAUUAAAACAGCCUGAGGGAACAUACAGGGCUUUAGCAAAUGGUCAGGUGGUUCGGAUCCAUCCUUCGUCUGUGUUGUUCCAUGAGAAACCAGAGUGUGUAGUAUUUAAUGAAUUAGUCGAAACUAAUCAUAAAUACAUCCGCAACACAACUAGAAUCGAUUAUUUGUGGUUACAUGAGCUUGCUCCUCAUUUCUAUGCCAUGCAGAAUUGAAUCUAGUGCCAAGAGGUCUUGGAUCGAUUUGAGCUUUUAUUACAAGAUUUUGGCUUGGGUAACGUUUUUGUAAUGUUGAAUGCAACUCUUUGAUAGUUGCUCGGAAUGCGAA